AUGUCAGAAGGUGAUUUGGCCGUCAUGAAACCAGAGUCCUACAUCUGGCUUCAAACUGCUGAUGGUUCAAUUCAGCAAGUGGAACAAGAGGUUGCGAUGUUCUGUCCCAUGAUAUGUCAGGAGGUAAUACACAAGGGUGUUGGAUCUUCUAAAAAUCAUGCAAUAUCGCUUCCACAGCGAGUAAAUCCAGCUAUGUUCAGCUUGAUUCUUGAUUACUGCAGAUUUCAUCAAUUGCCUGGACGUUCAAAUAAGGAACGAAAAACUUAUGAUGAAAAAUUCAUCCGAAUGGACACAAAGAGGCUAUGUGAGUUGACCUCAGCUGCUGACAGUUUGCAGCUGAAGCCUUUGGUUGAUCUUACUAGUCGCGCACUUGCACGAAUCAUUGAAGGAAAAACUCCUGAGGAGAUACGAGAGAUAUUUCAUUUGCCUGAUGACCUAACUGAGGAGGAGAAAUUAGAGCCUCUGAAGAACACAAUGGAUGAUCCACGGAUUCGACUACUGAAUAGAUUGUACGCAAAGAAAAGAAAGGAGCUGAAAGAAAGAGAGAGAUUGAAGAAUGUUGAGGUUGAAGAACACGUGGACCAACGUUCUGUGGAUGACCUGUUAUCAUUUAUUAACGGCAGAGAUCCCAAGGUGGCAAAGAUGUCAAAGGGAAAAAAGAAGAACAAGAAAAAGAAGGACCAAAAGAUUGUUUCUUCAGAUGAAAAAGAAGGACCAGAAGACUUUGAUGACAAGGAAUCGCAUUCAAAACAACAAGAAGUGGAAGAGACUGGGUCUAGCAUGAGAGAGGUACCCAAUUUACCUAGUAGGGAAGAUGACAUCUUUACGCCAAAGACCGAGUCUGAAGAUGGAGAGAUAGAUGAUGAAAUCGAUCCAGCCAUGAAGGAAAUGCUUGAUAGAGAGGUAGAAGAUUUUGCUCGGAGAUUGAACUCAAAUUGGGUACGAUCGCUAGGACAAGAAAGAAGGCCUGUUCACUUUUCCAUAAAUGGCAACGGGACUACAAGACGGCAUAUAGGUCAAUCUCCAGGACACAAUUGA